GAUCCAAUAAUAACCAAAAAAAACGUUUUGUAUAUGCUUCAUUAUAUAUUGAUAGAUUUUUAUUUUUUCCAUUGAGCAAAAGUUGACAGUUUCCACCCGGAAGUCAAACAGGAACGCACCAGAGUGCAGCUGUGUUGCAGUCGUACCGGUCCGGGGGAAAUAAGUGGGUGAAAGGUCCUACAGUCAGCAGUGACAGCAGCACACAAACACACCUCACAGAGACACCGUCGACCAGAAAAAAUGUCCAAACAGCCGCAGCCGAUCAGUCCGAUGAAGAACUUCUUCGCAGGAGGGUUUGGAGGCAUUUGCCUCGUCUUCGUCGGACAUCCACUCGACACCAUUAAGGUGCGUUUGCAGACUCAGCCCAAACCGAAACCUGGACAGAGCCUCUUGUACGCUGGAACCUUCGAUUGUCUUAAGAAGACCUUGGCCAAAGAGGGUGUGAAGGGACUCUAUAAAGGCAUGGCGGCCCCGAUCAUUGGGGUCACACCCAUGUUUGCUGUCUGUUUCUUUGGAUUUGGAAUGGGCAAGAAAAUACAACAGAAAACACCAAAUGAUAUCCUUACGUAUCCACAGCUGUUUGCUGCAGGGAUGUUGUCUGGUGUGUUCACCACGGCCAUCAUGGCUCCUGGAGAGCGCAUCAAAUGCCUCCUACAGAUCCAGGCGUCAACAGGAGAGGUGAAGUAUGCAGGACCCAUGGACUGUGUCAAGCAGCUGUACAGAGAGUUUGGGAUCAGAGGAGUCUACAAAGGCACCGCGCUGACUCUCAUGAGAGAUGUUCCAGCGAGUGGGAUGUACUUCACUUCCUAUGAGUGGUUGAAGAACGUCCUCACACCAGCAGGAAAAAGCCAUAACGAGCUCAGCAUUCCCAGUGUGCUGUUUGCUGGAGGGAUGGCCGGGAUCUUUAACUGGGCGGUCGCAAUUCCAGCCGACGUACUCAAGUCUCGUUUCCAAACAGCUCCUGAAGGAAAAUAUCCCAAUGGAUUUCGGGACGUUCUGCGGGAGCUGAUCAGAGAGGAGGGCGUCGGCUCUCUGUACAAAGGCUUCAACGCCGUCAUGCUUAGAGCUUUCCCUGCAAACGCAGCUUGUUUCUUAGGAUUUGAAUUUGCAAUGAAGUUCCUGCACUGGCUCUCACCGGACCUGUGAGAGGACGUUUCAGCAUCGCCUCAAAUAACAAAAGGAGUGAAGUGGACAUGCCGUGCCUUACCUUUUGUUAUCUGCGAGCAGGUGUACAUAUCAGGGAAAAGGUGAUCUAUGUUUUACUGUGUUUGAUCAGUCUCUCUCGACAAUACACAUCUGUCACAUCUGUCUGCUUCCUGUGAGGUCACCUCCCUCCACUCAGUGACGCUAGCUACGCUUUCUGUUUGUGUUCAUGUGAAACUAUGAGAGUAGCCAUAAUGACAUUGAUCGAACAUUAAAUGAAUGUCAAAAUGUAAAGAAAUUAAAAAAAACAGAAUCCAUAUUUA